AUGGCGGAAGUUGGCCUCGUGGCCACCAUCAUCGGCAUUGCCGGCGCGGGCGUCAAGCUCUCAAUCACGCUGUACACGUUCUCUGAGACUGUGGCCACGGCGUCCACGGAGAUCAAAAACGUCGCCCGAGAUGUCUCGCUCACUUCGUCUGUCCUCGAACAGCUGGGUGCCUAUCUCGACCAAGACGAGCACGCGAAGCUGUAUUCUGGCGCCGCGGUCCAGACAGCCAAGGACGUCAUGGCCGAGUGCGAGGUCGUCUUUCAGGAGAUCGAGGGCGUGUUGGCGAAGGCCACUGACAGUGUCGCCAAACGAUGGCCGAGGAAGGGCGGCAAAGUGGCCUUGUCGGCGAUGGAUAGGCUGAAGUGGCCGUUCCUGCAGCCCAAGAUGGCCCUUCUCAGGGGCAACCUGGAGAGGCUAAAGAGCACGCUGGUGCUGAUGUUGAAUGUGUUGACUUAUGCGCGAGACUCGCGAGUCGAAAGGGAGUCAUCUCCCGAAGGCAGAGGGAACGAUCUAUACCAGCGGACGUUGUUGGAGAAUCUCUUCCUCGCGAACCAACAAGCCACGAGGAAGUACGAGGCGCUACUCAGGAUGGUCGAGUCACACGGGGUGAACGCCCUCGCCGCGACGGGCCAGCCGCUGUAUCAGGAUCCAGGCUCAGAGCCCGAGCUGGCUCCGUCGGUCAGAAGCUCGCUCAAACACAUCGAACGGGCAUUACUCCAGUUUGAGCGCUCCGCGUCAUUAUCGUACGGCAGCUCGCGCAUGGGUGUCCAGGUCGAACUGGAGAAGGAGCUCUCUAGAUCUCGCGACGCCAGGACAGGGUCAAAGCCAUGGGUGUUGGUCUCGAUCGGGCGAAAAGAAGACGUUCCACCUUCGUACAACGAGUCGUGGAUCCCAUCCGAGGGGGAGAUGUACGGUUCAAUCGCGGCCGGGGCCCUGGAGGGUCUGACGGUCGCUGACUACGACGAACGGUCCCGUUCACGUUCGCGAUCGCGAUCACGCGUGCGCUUUCAAGGGCAGUCUUUUGACUCCUACCGACCCUAUCAGAAUUCGCAGCCAGGCCCCAGCAGGAGGACAGACGCCCUGCAGGCGGAUAUUGAUGAGACCUUGGGCCUGAUGCACGAAAACGUGAACCGAGUUGCGCAAAGGGGGGAUCGGGUGGAGUCGCUAAUGGGUAACGCUAUCGUAGGGGAGUUUGACAUCGGCGGGCCAGUUCAAUUCCGCAAGGGCGCUCCGCGGACGAAGACGUGGUACGAGUCGAUUUUUGAUUCCAUCACCUCGCCCAAUUCGGCGAUCAAUUCGUUUCAAAAAACCGUGAAAAAUACAGGGCUGUUCUUCGGCGUCGACGACGCCAAAGAAAAUCCAGACACCGUGCUCGAAUACCGCAAGGAUUCGCGGUUGGCGUCGCCACCGAACUCGCCCGGCGCGAAACUGGGCCGAGCCUCGACGUUUGACGAACUGCUCAGGUCGCCCUCGUCGGAAGGCCAAUACACCCCUCCUUCCACGACCGUCUCCAAGGAGGAGGACGCGAAUGCUAAGCUGACCGACCCUGACGCCGGGACGCACGCCCCAAACGUCGGGUCACCCGAGGGAGCCGCCAAGAUCGAAAAUAAGAUCCCUUUCCUUGUCCCUACCGAGAACGAGGCCGGGGAUAUAAGCGGACGGACCACGCCUGAGGGGAAUAUGAAUCUCGGAGACAAGGUGCCUGAGACAGGGGAGACGCCCACCCAGCAGGCUAUGAUUGAGCUUGAGGGAGAGGAAGCGACGGAGCAAGUUUCGAGCGAGAAUGACGCACAAAAGCAAGAGCAAGAGCAUAAGAAGGCGGAAGAAAGCCAGCCCUCAGAAGGGCCGGCAGAAGUCAGCGGCUCGAAGAGUAAAGGCAAGGGGAAGGGCAGGGCCACAGACAUCGCCACGGAUGAACAGCCCGAUGAGAUCGAUCAGUUGCUGAAGGAGUGGACUACCGUGUACGAGUGA